AUCAACAUUGUUAUCGGUGCGGAACAACAAAAAAGAUGUGUGCAAAUUGAAUAAUAACAAUAGUGCGUGCGGGUGGUCUGAUCGGAAAAGAAGAAACCAAGACUAAGAAUAUAAAAUCAGUUUUAUUGAUGGCGUUCCAAGUGAAAUAAGGUAGAGCAACGAGUUCCUCCGGCUACGGCUGCUGCUGCUGUUGCUUGGGCACACUUCUGGGCAACGCAUUGUCGCCGCCGACCGCAAAGCUGGGCAAAAUUAUGAACUUGUGUUCCUCGGGCGCAACGGCAUCGACCACAUCGUUAUCGUCCACGGGCCAGGCGGAGAGGAGCGGGGGAGUCCCAGGAGGAGGUGCUGGAAGCGGCGGAGGUAUCGGUGGCGAAGGAGAAGGUGGAGGUGGUGGCAGAGGUGGCAGUGCCAGCGGCGGCGGCGACACAGGUCCCUCGGAGGCCACACACUGCUUCGGCGGAGUCGGUGGAAGUUCCGGUGCAGAGGAGUUGACCAACGCGAACAGCCCGGCCAACGGAGGAGUAGGAGCGAGUGGAGCCACAGGUGGUGGCCAACAAUCGACUGGCAGCAACAAACACAGCCAGCAAAACAACGAAAACAACGCAACCAUGCCGCCCGAGACGCGUCCCAAGAUGGUGACAGUCAAGCAUCCGGAAUCUAACAAGCCCAAGCCCACCACCAAGAAGAGCAAGCCCAUCCAGGCGGACCAGGACGUCAUCAAGGCGCUGCAGAGAUGCCGAGACGAAGGCAUCAAGCGCUUGGACCUAAGCAACUCCUCGAUCACUGUGAUCCCCAGCACGGUGAAAGAGUGCAUCCACCUGACGGAGCUGUACCUGUACAGCAACAAGAUCGGACAGCUGCCGCCAGAGAUCGGGUGCCUGGUGAGCCUACGCAACCUGGCGCUAAACGAAAACUCGCUUACCUCGCUGCCAGAGUCCCUGCAGAACUGCAGCCAGCUGAAGGUGCUGGAUCUGCGGCACAACAAGCUGGCGGAGAUUCCCCCGGUGAUCUAUCGACUGCGCAGUCUGACCACUCUCUACCUGCGCUUCAACCGGAUCACCACGGUGGCCGACGACCUGGGACAGCUGGUCAACCUGACCAUGCUGAGUCUGCGGGAAAACAAGAUCCGGGAGCUGGGCAGUGCCAUGGGGGCGCUGGUAAACCUUACCACGCUGGACGUGUCGCACAAUCACCUGGAGCAUCUGCCGGAGGACAUUGGUAACUGUGUGAACCUCCGGUCCUUGGACCUACAGCACAACGAGCUGCUGGACAUACCCGAUAGCAUCGGGAACCUAAAGUCCCUGGUGCGUCUGGGCAUGAGGUACAAUCGGUUGAGCAGUGUGCCGGCCACCCUGAAGAACUGCAAGAGCAUGGACGAGUUCAAUGUGGAGGGCAAUGGCAUCACCCAGCUCCCGGACGGAAUGCUGGCCAGCUUGAGCGGGCUGACCACCAUAACCCUGUCGCGAAAUCAGUUCACCAGCUACCCGACUGGCGGACCGGCGCAGUUCACCAACGUUUAUAGCAUCAACUUGGAGCACAAUCGGAUUGAUAAGAUCCCCUACGGAAUUUUCUCGCGGGCCAAGGGCCUCACCAAGCUGAACAUGAAGGAGAAUAUGCUGACUGCCCUGCCCCUGGACAUUGGCACCUGGGUGAACAUGGUGGAGCUGAACCUGGCCACCAAUGCGCUCCAGAAGCUGCCCGAUGACAUUAUGAACCUGCAGAACCUCGAGAUACUCAUCCUGUCCAACAAUAUGCUCAAGAAGAUACCGAAUACGAUUGGGAAUCUGCGAAGGCUGAGGAUCCUGGACCUAGAGGAGAACCGCAUCGAGGUGCUGCCCCACGAGAUCGGACUGUUGCACGAGCUGCAGCGACUGAUCCUGCAGACCAAUCAGAUCACGAUGCUACCACGCAGCAUCGGCCACCUGGGCAACCUGACUCACCUGUCUGUUAGCGAAAACAACCUGCAGUUCCUGCCCGAGGAGAUUGGGUCGCUGGAGAGCCUGGAGAAUCUGUACAUUAACCAGAAUCCCGGCUUGGAGAAGCUGCCGUUUGAGCUGGCCCUGUGCCAGAACCUCAAAUAUCUAAACAUUGACAAGUGCCCGCUGAGCACUAUUCCGCCGGAGAUCCAGGCGGGCGGACCGUCCCUGGUGCUGCAGUGGCUCAAGAUGCACUCGCCAUACCGCCAAAUGUGAGAUGUGGACGGCGUCUGGCGCACCGUCUACGUGGGCAGCGACUGCUACUAUCAGUACGAGCUGCAGGCGGUGAGCCAGGCGCCCGGUGGAGGUGCUGCAGGUGGUGGUGGAGCUGCCGCAGGAGGAGAAUCUGGCGGAGGGUCCUCCAGAAGUGGCGACCGACGCUAACGGUGCGAUCUCAGCUAACGGGCGAGAGAUCCUGUCCCCACACAUUCUUCAACCCAAUCCUCUAGGGGGGAAACUACAUUGGUUAGGUGCUACUUUAAGAAUUUUUUAAGUUUAAUUAACAUUGAAAUACUUUAAUUUUUUUUUAAUAUUUUAAUUAUUAAUAAUAUACAUAAUUUUAAUUAUUCAUUUGUUACUUUCAAUCACUUUAAGUUAAAGUUAAAUGUAAAAUUAAACUCUUAAUGGAAUGAGCAUGUUCUUCUCUGUUAAUCGUUAAAUUUAUUUAGUUUCUUUGGAAUUUUUAAUCUGCUGAAUAUUCAGAUACACAAAAAUCUUAAAAACAUCAUUUUUAAAUGGUUCCCUUUUUUUAGUUUAUUCUCCUUAACAUUAAUAUUAAAAUAUCAAUUUGUAAACCUUUUCCUAUGUGGUUUCACCCCCUUGACCCCGACUGGAGUGCGUUGGCUGACAAAAUGAUAGCUUUAACACGUUAUACCAAUGUCCCGCGUAUUAUAAACUGCCCCGAUUUGCUUUUUCUUUCUGUGUUCAAGUCCAGUCCAGUUCAGAGUCCACAGUUUAGGUUUUAUCUUAACUCAUGCUUCCAAAAGCUAGUCAAAAAUAAAUACAAAUUCAACACGCGAAUCGAAACGAAAGUGAAUUGAAAGCUUUAAACCUUCUGUUCGAUGUUUGGUCAUAGAGAAAGCUAAAUCCAAUGUUCAAAACUACACAAAAAAUACGCAAGCGCCAAGGAAUUGUUUGAAAACAAAAACAAAAAACAUAAGAGUGGUUAAGAAAUUAUUAAUCUGUAUACACAUAAACUAAACCGUAGACGUAUUUUGUAUAAGCAAGCGCAAAGAAAAAUUAAGCAACAAGUAUUAAACUGUGUGUAAUUUGUUAAAAAAAAAAAGAGAUUGCAAAUGUAUGUUUUUUUUGUGGUGCCCCAAAUAGAUCGACAUUUUAUAUGUUAGUCUAAGCGUAAAUUAACCACAAUUUAAAUCAACUGCAGCCAUUUGCACUAGCGAAAGAUAAUGUCGUAUACUUCAUGUGCGUCGUCGUGUGUCUGUAAUUAAUUUGAAUGAAUAUUUUAGAUGAUUUCAAAGCAGCAUUUAGUUACCAUAACCAUAAUCAACGAUAUGUGUAUGUUUGCAUGGAGAGAAAAGCAAGUUAAGAGUAAAUUAAUAUCGUAUAAUGGCACUUAACUGAUAAGCGGAAAAGAUAUUUAGGAGAUAACAUGGACUCAUAGUUGUUGUUCUUCUGGGAAAGAUUGGAUUUAACCAUAAAAAAGAUUGGAAAAGUGUUUUGACAAAGCAAGUUUCUUUGAAAAAAUUAAAAAUAAAAGGUUUUAAUUAUGUUUACGAUAUUGUAUACGUAAAUACAUUCUGUUCAAGACACUUUUUGAGUAACUUUAAGGCCGAUCUGUCACGUUAUCAGCUCAAAAACAACUUAUUUAGUUUUAUAUGGUAAACUACAUUUCUUGAAACACAAAACAGAGAAGAAGGAUACAAUUUCCAGCUACUCUCCGCUGCAAUGCAACGCAAAUGGGCUUUAAACUCUAAACAAAUCUUAAAUCAAUAAAUCAACGAAACUAACUUUAACUGUUGUGCAUCCAAACAAACAUAUUUACACAACUUUUACACAUCUAUUUUUUGAAAAAAAAAAAGAAAACAAAAAGUAAAAGAAAAGAGCCAACCAAACACUCGAGAUACUAUACAUACGUAUUUAUUUCAGUCUCCAUGGGAUAUGCAUAGUAUGUACAUAUAUUUUUCAAACAAA